AUGUCUUUGCCUCAGCGGCCGGGGAAGGCGUCCCCGCGGAGGGAGGAAACGUCAGCAUUCCGGGAACCCUCGCGGAGAAGACGGCGCGAAUCCGAUACACCGGGGACCGGUGAACCCACGAGUCCGCGACAUCACAGACAUCAUCGUUCGCACAGUUCUCGACACCACCAGGAUAUAGAUGAGGAGCGCGGGGCUGAUAGUGGGGUAAGGCGCAAGAAAAGUCUCGUGAAACCGGAAAGAAAUCGCAUUGAUCCGAGCCAUCCAAACUACCUAUACCACCAGCGGACCCAGAACAUGCCUACGUAUAAUUCGAUGACGGGAACCGAACCAUUAAUACACGAAGAUGGGGAGGGUGAGACAGCCAGUACUCCGAGUAUGGACUCGAGGCGGAAAGAUGCCCUGUACGGCGCGCAGGGAAAUGUGAACAAACCGAUGGAGCGGGUUCCGAUAACGUCACGACACCGAUCAAAGAAAAGGAAGAAUUCAAGAAAAAUAUCCAAGCGAGAGGCAGCAGCUGAAAGGAGAAGACAAAAGGCCAUGGAGCAGGUACGGCCUCCGAGUCUCUGGACAACAUACUGUUCGGUGAUCACAUUCUGGGCGCCUGAUUUCGUCUUGAAGUGCUUUGGGAUGCCACAAAAGGCUCAACGGAGCGCAUGGCGGGAGAAGAUGGGCCUUAUUAGCAUCAUUCUUAUGAUUGCAGCGUUCGUCGGCUUCCUCACCUUCGGUUUCACGGCUACUGUAUGUGGAACUCCACCCACCCGGUUGAAGGCCAACGAAAUCAGCAACGGUUAUAUGAUAUUUCAAGGACAAGCUGUUGACCUGUCUGGGUCAGAGCAUCCUGCGGCUGCCGGCAUACCGCGAGAUAGCAACAUUCUCUACGAUCUCCCUCACAAGUAUGGAGGUCAAGAUGGAAGUUUUUUCUUUCAAGAGGUGAACGGGGAUUGCAAGGGGCUAAUUACGCUGGCUGAUGGAUCCGACAUCCCAACCAAUUCCGAUGGCGAUCUUGGUUGGUAUUUCCCAUGCGCUCCAUUCAAUCAGGAUGGCUCAUCUGAACCCAACCUUACAACAAAUUACUAUCCCGGCUGGGGUUGUCAUACGUCUCGCUCAGGUCGGAAAGCUUUCUACAGCCUGAGUAGCUCUGGCGACGUGUAUUUCACAUGGGAGGAUACAAAGAAUACGAGCAGAAACCUUGCAAUCUACUCUGGGAAUGUUCUUGAUCUAGACCUCCUGAGAUGGCUCGACACCUCUCAGGUACAGUAUCCGGCAAAAUUCGACCAGCUUCGCGAAAACCCCGAGAUCCGGGGCGUCGAUCUCACCUACUACUUCCAAACCGGCGAGGACAAGCAAAUCGGCAAAUGUUUGUCCCAAAUAAUCAAGAUCGGAAGUAUCGACACCGAUACGGUGGGCUGUAUUGCCUCACAAGUUGUCCUCUAUGUAUCUUUGAUCUUCAUUUUGUCUAUCGUCAUCGUCAAGUUCGCCUUUGCCGUCAUCUUCCAGUGGUUCCUAGCGCCUCGAUUUGCUGCCCAGAAAACCAGCAUGGGCGCAGUCGAUUCAAGAUCUCGAAACCAACAGAUUGAGGAUUGGUCGAAUGAUAUCUAUCGGCCUGGUCCUCGUCUUGCCGACCACACUCCGGCUGACCGCAUGAGUAAGAGGGCCAGCUUUCUGCCAACAACUUCUCGUUUCUCUAGUCCAUAUACUGUGAGCAAUGGUGGAAAGCAGAAGCCUCAGUGGGUAACAAUGGCGAGCCAGAAUUCUACCACCCGGUUAGUCCCUAGCGGUACCACUCCAUCCGUCUAUAGGCAAAGCCACAACGGUAGCGGUACCUUGAGCGUUGAUAACCCUCGAUUGAAUCCUUCUGCCAGCCGAACAAGCUUGGUACAAGACUCCCGUUACUCAACUGCCAUACCGGAAUCUGACGGUCUUGGAUCAUCUGGUUACAUACAUGAACUCGUCGUUCCUCAACCGCCCCCUGACUGGCAACCCUAUGGUUUCCCUCUGGCUCAUGCAAUGUGCUUGGUUACCUGUUACUCCGAAGGUGCAGAUGGAAUUCGCACCACGCUAGAUUCUAUUGCGAUGACGGAUUAUCCAAACAGCCAUAAGUCUAUUGUUGUGAUCUGUGAUGGCAUGAUCAAGGGUAAAGGAGAGGAGUUCUCAACCCCUGAGAUUGUCCUUCGCAUGAUGAAACAUCCCAUCAAGCCCCCCGAGGAAGUCGAGGCAUUUUCUUACGUAGCCGUGGCUACCGGCUCCAAGCGUCAUAACAUGGCCCAGAUCCAUGCAGGAUUUUACGAUUAUGGAGAGGAUUCAGUCAUUCCGAUUGAGAAACAGCAGCGCGUUCCAAUGAUGAUUAUCGUGAAGUCCGGGACACCGGCCGAAUCAACAGUAGCGAAGCCCGGAAACCGAGGCAAGAGAGAUAGUCAGAUUAUUCUCAUGUCGUUUUUGCAGAAGGUCAUGUUCGACGAGAGAAUGACCGAGCUUGAGUAUGAGAUGUUCAACGGGCUUUUGCACGUAACUGGCAUCCCGCCGGAUUUCUACGAGGUCGUGCUCAUGGUCGAUGCGGACACCAAGGUUUUCCCGGAUAGUUUGACGCAUAUGAUAUCUGCAAUGGUCAAGGACCCCGAGGUGAUGGGUCUGUGUGGUGAGACAAAAAUUGCGAACAAGACCGAUAGCUGGGUGACCAUGAUCCAAGUGUUUGAGUAUUUUGUUUCUCACCAUCAGUCGAAAGCGUUCGAGUCAAUUUUUGGUGGUGUUACCUGUCUUCCAGGUUGUUUCUCGAUGUAUCGAAUCAAGGCACCAAAGGGCGGCCAGAAUUACUGGGUGCCAAUCCUUGCAAACCCGGAUGUCGUCGAACAUUACUCCGAAAACGUGGUCGACACCCUGCAUAAAAAGAAUCUGCUGCUCCUGGGAGAGGAUCGAUAUCUGUCGACUCUCAUGCUUCGGACGUUCCCCAAGCGCAAGCAGAUAUUCGUGCCCCAAGCAGUCUGCAAAACGGUUGUGCCAGAGAAGUUCAUGGUCUUGUUAUCUCAGCGCCGCCGUUGGAUCAACAGUACCGUUCACAACCUGAUGGAGUUGGUCUUGGUUCGAGAUCUGUGCGGUACUUUCUGCUUUAGUAUGCAGUUCGUCAUUUUCAUUGAGCUGGUUGGAACCCUUGUGCUUCCCGCCGCCAUUUCAUUCACGAUUUACGUCAUUGUUUCCUCGAUUGUCAAGAGUCCUGUUCAAGUGAUUCCCUUGGUCCUGCUUGCGCUCAUUCUGGGACUUCCCGGUGUUCUUGUUGUCAUUACCGCCCAUCGACUUGUCUACGUCUUGUGGAUGAUUGUCUAUCUGAUUUCACUGCCAAUCUGGAACUUUGUACUGCCGACAUAUGCGUACUGGAAAUUCGACGACUUCAGUUGGGGUGAUACGCGAAAGACAGCAGGCGAGAAGGACAAGGGCCACGAGGACGGCGAGGGCGAGUUUGACAGCAGCAAGAUUACGAUGAAGAGAUGGCGAGACUUUGAGAAAGAUCGUCGAUUAAAAACGCAGACGACGUGGCAGCCUCCGGUCGGACAUCAUGUGCCUUACGAGUCAUUCUCUGAAUAUUAG